AUGACGGAAGCCAGUAAUAGAUCAUAUGUAGGACUUGAUGCUAUUGUACAAACAUGUUCAAAAAUUUAUCCUGAUCAAUUGAAUCCAACUCAAGCAGCAAGUGUAGUUAAAUAUUGGCUUGGUGGAUCGGAAUGCUUAGAUUAUAUAUCAAUUUAUCAUAAUCAAGGUAAUGAAACAUCACCUGCUCAUUGGCAUUACGUUACAUUUGGCUUCAGUGAUCUUCAUGGCGAUAAUCGAGUACAUAAAGUUUCAUCUAAAGAUGAUCCUAAUCUAAUUUCUGGUUAUGGUUUUGAAUUAACAUUUCGUUUACGUAAACCUGCAGAAAUUAGUAAUUCUGUUCAAGAUAUUCCAUUAUGGCCAUGUAAAUUAUUGCAAUAUUUAGCUAAAUAUGUUUUUAAAACAGGUACACAAUUUCAUGCUGGUCAUCAUAUACCAUUUGGACAUGUUUUACCUAAUUUAUAUUCAUCUAAUGGUGAUACUCGUAUACAUGAUUUACUAAUAACUAAUGAUCGACAAUUAAAAUCUUUUCGAACUAAUCUUGGUUCAGUAGAAUUUUUACAACUUGUUGGUUGUUUUGAAAAUGAACUUGAAGCAGCACAAGAAUGUAAUGUUGCACAAAUAAUUGAUUUAUUUAGUACAAGUCGAAAAACAGGUGGAUCUCUUUUGGUAACAGAUAUGACACGUCAAGAAUCAGUUUUUGAUAUUAUACCAAAUGCUAAACAACUGACUCGAGAAAAAAUUGAAAAAGAAGGCUCGCAACUUGGUCGAGUACUUGCCAGAUGUGCUUGGAAUGCUGAAUCUGUUUCAGCGAAUGAUACAAAUUUUCGUCCAAUCUCUUCAAUUGAUCUCACAUUUGAUUUAGAUGCAGCAAAAAUAUUUAUUAAAAUUCUUCGAACACGAUUACGUCGUGGUAAAUGGUUUAUAUUUGAUUCUUUAAAUGAUCAAUCAAUUUGUUUUAUUUCAAUGGAUGCUAAUAAUCAAGGAAUUAUGGUUAAUUCAAAUCAACAAAUUAUGGUUUUAGGUAUUCGUGAAGCACAAAUACUACUUUUACCUGAUCAAAUUGAUCUAUGUACAGAUCGUAUGUCACAUAUAACUAAUCUCAAAGACGAACAUACACUUCCAUUAAAAUAUGAAAUUCCAUUUCAUAAGAAUACAAAGAUGAUUAUAUCAAUUAUAUCUUCUAAAGAAUUUAAUAAUGAUACUAUAGAAUAA